AUGUUACAACACCGUCAUCAUCAACUGAAGAGACCACAACAGUCGACGAAUCUUCUAGCACUUCAGAUGUUACAACACCGUCAUCAUCCAACUGAAGAGACCACAACAGUCGACGAGGAUCUUCCAGCACUUCAGACGCAACGAAGCACAAUAGUCGACAGAUCUUCCAGCACUUCAGAUGCUACAACAUCCCUUUCUACUGAAGAGAGCACAACAGUCGACGAAUCUUCUAGCACUUCAGCUGUUACAACACCGUCAUCAUCAACUGAAGAGACCACAACAGUCGACGAAUCUUCUAGCACUUCAGCUGUUACAACACCGUCAUCAUCAACUGAAGAGACCACAACAGUCGACGAAGCUUCCAGCACUUCAGACGCUACAACAUCCCUAUCUACUGAAGGAAGCACAACAGUUGACGGAUCUUCCAGCACUUCUGAUGCUACAACAUCCCUUUCUACUGAAGAGAGCACAACAGUUGACGAAUCUUCUAGUACUACAGAUGUUACAACACCAUCAUCAUCAACUGAAGAGAGCACAACAGUCGACGAAUCUUCUAGCACUUCAGAUGUUACAACACCAUCAUCAUCAACUGAAGAGAGCACAACAGUCGACGAAGCUUCCAGCACUUCAGACGCUACAACAUCCCUAUCUACAGUCGACGGAUCUUCCAGCACUUCAGAUGCUACAACACCGUCAUUAUCAACUGAAGAGAGCACAACAGUUGACGGAUCUUCCAGCACUUCAGAUGUUACAACACCAUCAUCAUCAACUGAAGAGAGCACAACAGUCGACGGAUCUUCUAGUACUUCGGAAGGUGCAACUCCAUCAUCAAAAACUGAAGAGAGCACAACAGUCGACGGAUCUUCCAGCACUUCAGAUGCUACAACAUCCCUUUCUACAGAAGAGAGCACAACAGUCGACGAAUCUUCUAGCACUUUAGAUGUUACAACACCAUCAUCAUCAACUGAAGAGAGCACAACAGUCGACGAAUCUUCUAGCACUUCAGCUGUUACAACACCGUCAUCAUCAACUGAAGAGACCACAACAGUCGACGAAGCUUCCAGCACUUCAGACGCUACAACAGCCCUAUCUACUGAAGGAAGCACAACAGUCGACGGAUCUUCCAGCACUUCAGAUGCUACAACAUCCCUUUCUACCGAAGAGAGCACAACAGUCGACGAAUCUUCUAGCACUUCAGAUGUUACAACACCAUCAUCAUCAACUGAAGAGAGCACAACAGUCGACGAAUCUUCUAGCACUUCAGCUGUUACAACACCGUCAUCAUUAACUGAAGAGAGCACAACAGUCGACGAAUCUUCUAGCACUUCAGCUGUUACAAUACCGUCAUCAUCAACUGAAGAGACCACAACAGUCGACGAAGAUUCCAGCACUUUAGACGCUACAACAUCCCUUUCUACUGAAGAGAGCACAAUAGUCGACGAAUCUUCUAGCACUUCAGAUGAUACAGCACCAUCAUCAUCAACUGAAGAGAGCACAACAGUCGACGAAUCUUCUAGCACUUCAGCUGUUACAACACCGUCAUCAUCAACUGAAGAGACCACAACAGUCGACGAAGCUUCCAGCACUUCAGACGCUACAACAGCCCUAUCUACUGAAGGAAGCACAACAGUCGACGGAUCUUCCAGCACUUCAGAUGCUACAACAUCCCUUUCUACUGAAGAGAGCACAACAGUCGACGAAUCUUCCAGCACUUCAGAUGCUACAACAUCCCUUUCUACUGAAGAGAGCACAACAGUCGACGAAUCUUCUAGCACUUCAGAUGUUACAACACCAUCAUCAUACACUGAAGAGACCACAACAGUCGUCGAAGCUUCCAGCACUUCAGACGCUACAACACCCCUAUCUACUGAAGGAAGCACAACAGUCAACGGAUCUUCCAGCACUUCAGAUGCUACAACAUCCCUUUCUACUGAAGAGAGCACAACAGUCGACGAAUCUUCUAGCACUUCAGCUGUUACAACACCGUCAUCAUCAACUGCAGAGACCACAACAGUCGACGAAGAUUCCAGCACUUCAGACGCUACAACAUCCCUAUCUACUGAAGGAAGCACAACAGUCGACGGAUCUUCCAGCACUUCAGAUGCUACAACAUCCCUUUUUACUGAAGAGAGCACAACAGUCGACGAAUCUUCUAGCAUUUCAGAUGCUACAACAUCCCUUUCUACUGAAGAGAGCACAACAGUCGCCGAAUCUUCUAGCACUUCAGCCGUUACAACGCCGUCAUCAUCAACUGAAGUGACCACAACAGUCGACGAAGCUUCCAGCACUUCAGACGCUACAACAUCCCUUUCUACUGAAGGAAGCUCAACUGCCGACGGAUCUUCCAGCACUUCAAAUGCUACAACAUCCCUAUCUACUGAAGGAAGCACAACUGCCGACGGAUCUUCUAGCACUUCAGAUGUUACAACACCAUCAUCAUCAACUGAAGAGAGCACAACAGUCGACGAAUCUUCUAGCUCUUCAGAAGUUACAACACCAUCAUCAUCGACUGAAGAGAGCACAACAGUCGACGAAUCUUCUAGCACUUCAGCUGUUACAACACCAUCAUCAUCAACUGAAGAGGGCACAACAGUCGCCGAAUCUUCUAGCACUUCAGCUUUUACAACGCCGUCAUCAUCAACUGAAGAGACCACAACAGUCGACGAAGCUUCCAGCACUUCAGACGCUACAACAUCCCUAUCUACUGAAGGAAGCACAACUGCCGACGGAUCUUCCAGCACUUCAGAUGCUACACCAUCCCUUUCUACUGAAGAGAGCACAACAGUCGACGAAUCUUCUAGCACUUCAGCUGUUACAACGCCGUCAUCAGCAACUGAAGAAACCACAACAGUCGACGAAGCUUCCAGCACUUCAGACGCUACAACAUCCCUAUCUACUGAAGAAAGCACAACUGCCGACGGAUCUUCCAGCACUUCAGAUGCUACAACAUCCCUUUCUACAGAAGAGAGAACAAUAGUCGACGAAUCUUCUAGCACUUCGGAUGCUACAACAUCUCCUUCUACUGAAGAGAGCGCAACAGUCGACGAAUCUUCUAGCACUUCAGAAGUUACAACACCAUCAUCAUCAACUGAAGAGAGCACAACAGUCGACGAAUCUUCUAGCACUUCAGCUGUUACAACACCAUCAUCAUCAACUGAAGAGAGCACAACAGUCGACGAAUCUUCUAGCACUUCAGAUGUUACAACACCAUCAUCAUCAACUGAAGAGAGCACAACAGUCGACGAAUCUUCUAGCACUUCAGCUGUUACAACGCCGUCAUCAUCAACUGAAGAGACCACAACAGUCGACGAAGCUUCCAGCACUUCAGACGCUACAACAUCCCUAUCUACUGAAGGAAGCACAACAGUCGACGGAUCUUCCAGCACUUCAGAUGCUACAACAUCCCUUUCUACUGAAGAGAGCACAACAGUCGACGAAUCUUCCAGCACUUCAGAUGCUACAACACCGUCAUCAUCAACUGAAGAGAGCACAACAGUCGACGAAUCUUCUAGCACUUCAGAUGUUACAACACCAUCAUCAUCAACUGAAGAGAACACAACAGUCGACGAAUCUUCUAGCACUUCAGCUGUUACAACGCCGUCAUCAGCAACUGAAGAAACCACAACAGUCGACGAAGCUUCCAGCACUUCAGACGCUACAACAUCCCUAUCUAUUGAAGGAAGCACAACAGCCGACGGAACUUCUAGCACUUCAGAUGUUACAACACCAUCAUCAUCAACUGAAGAGAGCACAACAGUCGACGAAGCUUCCAGCACUUCAGCUGUUACAACGCCGUCAUCAUCAACUGAAGAGACCACAACAGUCGACGAAGCUUCCAGCACUUCAGACGCUACAACAUCGCUAUCUACUGAAGGAAGCACAACAGUCGACGGAUCUUCCAGCACUUCAGAUGCUACAACAUCCCUUUCUACUGAAGAGAGCACAAUAGUCGACGAAUCUUCUAGCACCUCAGAUGCUACAACAUCCCUUUCUACUGAAGAGAGCACAACAGUCGACGAAUCUUCUAGCACUUCAGAUGUUACAACACCAUCAUCAUCAACUGAAGAGAGCACAACAGUUGACGAAGCUUCUAGCACUUCAGAUGUUACAACACCAUCAUCAUCAACUGAAGAGAGCACAACAGUCGACGAAUCUUCCAGCACUUCAGAUGUUACAACACCAUCAUCAUCAACUGAAGAGAGCACAACAGUCGACGAAUCUUCUAGCACUUCAGCUGUUACAACGCCGUCAUCAUCAACUGAAGAGAUCAGAACAGUCGACGAAGCUUCCAGCACUUCAGACGCUACAACAUCCCUGUCUAUUGAAAGAAGCACAACAGUCGACGGAUCUUCCAGCACUUCAGACGCUACAACAUCCCUAUCUUCUGAAGAGAGCACAAUAGUCGGCGAAUCUUCUAGCACUUCAGAUGUUACAACACCAUCAUCAUCAACUGAAGAGAGCACAACAGUCGACGAAUCUUCUAGCACUUCAGCUGUUACAACACCGUUAUCAUCAACUGAAGAGACCACAACAGUCGACGAAGCUUCUAGCACUUCAGACGCUACAACAUCCCUAUCUUCUGAAGGAAGCACAACAGUCGACGGAUCUUCCAGCACUUCAGAUGCUACAACAUCCCUUUCUACUGAAGAGAGCACAAUAGUCGACGAAUCUUCUAGCACUUCAGCUGUUACAACACCGUUGUCAUCAACUGAAGAGACCACAACAGUCGACGAAGCUUCCAGCACUUCAGACGCUGCAACAUCCCUAUCAACUGAAGGAAGCACGACAGUCGAUGGAUCUUCCAUUACUUCAGAUGCUGCAACAUCCUUAUCAACUGAAGGAAGCACAACAGUCGACGAAUCGGACACUACUUCAAAUGGUACAACAUUUUCAUCAGCAACUGAAGAAAGCAAAACAGUCGAUGGAUCUUAUGGCACUUCGUCUUUAACUGAAAAGAGCACAACAGUCGCUGAAUCUUCCAGCGCCUUAAAGGGUAUUACUGCAUUAUCAAGAGUAGAAGGAACAACCGAGGAUCUUGUUGCUAUGGAAACUACAACUCCCGCUCUGUCAUCUAGCGCCACUUAUAAAUCUGUGUUGCAUGGCACAGAUUGUGAUAUAUUAGUGCAUUUGACAGUGCUAAGUAAAUAGUACCAUGUACGGAUGAAGAUACAAGCAGCCUUACUUCCGUUAUGAUCUUCGGGUUGCGAAGUUACCAAAUUUCUCGAUAUUUCGCAAUGUUAAUG